CGUGUUGAGGCUCCGAGUUACUGUCCUGUUUUAAACUGCGCCAUUCCCCUGGACUAUCAACAUGGCGAGUACCGUGGCAAACAAGUGUCUCAGUCCUCUGGCUUUCCUCACCAGGAGGCUCUCUGCUCCGGAGUUCAUCACUCAGUGCUGCUACCAUAAGAAGGUGGUGGAUCAUUAUGAGAACCCAAGAAAUGUGGGAUCCUUGGACAAACUCUCCAAGAAUGUUGGGACUGGAUUGGUGGGCGCUCCAGCCUGUGGAGAUGUAAUGAAGCUGCAGAUUGAGGUGGAUGACCAGGGAACUAUUGUGGAUGCCAGGUUCAAAACCUUUGGCUGCGGCUCUGCUAUCGCCUCCAGUUCUUUGGCCACCGAGUGGGUGAAGGGCAAAUCUGUGGACGAAGCUUUGACGAUAAAGAACACAGACAUUGCCAAAGAGCUCAGUCUUCCACCUGUUAAACUUCACUGCUCCAUGCUUGCGGAGGAUGCUAUCAAGGCUGCACUGGCUGACUAUCGCCUCAAGCAACAGGACGACCAGCAGGAGGCAGUCAGGGCCAACAAUUAAACAGAGUACUCUCACUCUGAGCUGGGCACAACUGUUUGCUUCAUGCUGCCAAGAACAGACGUAGCAGUAGUCCAGCAUCACCACCUCACUUUCCUGCAGUGUUGAUGAGGCACACCUAAUAUGUUGGUGACAAGUACACCAUCCUCAACCCUCUGUAGCAGUGUUACACCAGGCUUUCUGUAUUAGUCUGUGUUCCUCUAACCCCCGUAUACUGUAUCAUUUAGCCUGUCAUGUAAACGCACAAUGUUAACACUGUUUGGGAGGUUGGUACAAAGUUGAGCCUUAUUUUUGAGAUUGUGUUCUAUUUUAAGAUUUCGUACUUGAGGAGUGUUUAUUUUGAAUGGUGGUAUGGAGAUAUUGAUUAAAGCUAACCGCUGUAUCCUAUCUGCACCCCGAAGCACUGACGUUUUGAUAUGCAAUGAAGCAAAGUGGCUUGAAACAAUGAAAGGGUCCAUUCGUUUGAAGUGUAAUUUAUAAUUAUUUAGUAAUGCUUUCUUGACAGUCCGCAAUAAAAGUAUCCUGAAUCAUA